CCGGACUCCGCAUUUCACAUUAGUUUGGGCACUGGGCUUGCCGUAUGCUGAUGACGUAGAGGCUUGAGCGGGUGCGAGUCCUGUCAGGAGACAUGGCUGCACAGAAGAUCAACGAAGGCUUGGAACACAUCGCCAAAGCCGAGAAAUAUUUGAAAACUGGUUUUUUAAAAUGGAAACCGGACUAUGAUAGUGCAGCUACUGAAUAUUCCAAAGCAGCUGUUGCUUUUAAAAAUGCCAAACAAUUUGAUCAAGCAAAAGAGGCAUAUUUGAGAGAAGCAGUUUCCCAUGCAAACAAUAAAGCUCUCUUCCAUGCUGCAAAAGCUUAUGAACAAGCUGGUAUGAUGUUAAAGGAGAUGCAAAAGCAUCAUGAUGCAGUUGAACUGAUUCAGAAAGCCAGCAUGAUGUACCUGGAGAACGGAACACCUGACACAGCUGCUAUUGCAUUAGAUCGGGCUGGAAAGGUAAUAGAAAACAUAAGUCCAGACAAGGCUAUUCAGCUAUAUCAGCAGACAGCAUCCGUGUUUGAAAAUGAAGAACGUCUACGACAAGCAGUUGAAAUGUAUGGAAAAGCUUCAAGGCUUUUGGUUAGAGGUCGCAGACUAGAUGAAGCGUCAGUGUCUCUUCAGAAGGAAAAGAGUAUUUAUAAAGAUAUAGAAAACUAUCCAACAUGUUACAAGAAAACUAUUGCUCAAGUCUUAGUUCAUCUUCACAGAAAUGACUAUGUUGCUGCAGAAAAAUGUGUCAGGGAAAGUUAUAGCAUACCAGGCUUCACCGAAAGUGAAGACUGUGCAGCAUUAGAGCAGCUACUAGAAGGAUUUGAUCAGCAGGACCAGGACCAAGUAUCUGAUGUGUGCAAUUCACCACUCUUUAAGUACAUGGACAAUGAUUAUGCCAAGCUUGGUCUCUCACUAGCGGUUCCAGGAGGAGGCAUAAAGAAGAAAUCCCCAGUUACUCCACAGGGCAGAGUAGGCGGACCAGCUGUCGGAGCUUCUCGUGGAAAUGAGGAAGAUGAUGAAUAUGAAGGUGGACUGUGCUAACUCUGCUUGCAUGAUCAACUUUCAAAUAGACGACUUCUUGUUCCUAGCCACUGAGCAAUUCCAGAAGCACCUGAAUUACCAUCACUUUAUUGUAAUCAUGAAAUUGGAGGGGUAAUACUUGGCAGUUUGGGGGCUACUUGUACAAAAAGCAUGACCAUAUACCUUGAAGGAUUUGCAGAUUACAUUCUUAAAUCCUAUAUCUUUGCAGUGCAUCUUCUUUAAUGAAGAAUUUGAAUACCAUAGUCUUCUGAAAAAAGGAGAUUUGGUUGGGGAAGUGGCAUGUAUGUCCAGUAUUUAUUUCCAAAUGCCUGUAGUUUCAGGGCCCAGUGUCAAUAUUAAUUGACAGCCCCAUGUAAGGCUUCAGUCUGGGGGGAAAGGGAGGCUAAUACCAGAGCAUUAUGUUUUGUUUUAACAAGCCUCACUCAACAAUUUGAAAUCACCUUAAAGGUUCUGGUGAAGACUCCUCUUGUUCCCAUGUGCACAUAAUACAUACUGCAUGUUACAUACCUGUCAGGAAAACACAAUAGGCUUUUCAGAAACAUGAAUUGUGAUAGCUUUUUGGUUUAUUGUGUAACGCCUCUGGAUAAACUGCUGCAAAAGGAACUUGGUAACCUUUUGGAUAUUAAAUACUUUGGCUGUGGAAUUUUCCUGCAGUUGUUCUGGAAACUAGACCUCGACAACCUUAGUGUACAAAAAAUUACAAAUUAUUUGUUGUUGAUACUAUGUGUGUGUUAUAAAGUACAAAUCUAAUAUGGUACUAUAAAAUUAUAUUCCUGUUUAAAGUCCUAGUGGGUAAACCCUUUCAAUAUUUACAUCCCAUUUGACUGAGUUCCUUUUGUGUGGAAGAUUUUUCCUAUUAACAUGAAUUCAGGCAAAUCUUAGCUAGAUCUUGGCUUGAAUAGAGUAAAUGGCAAAAAUAAAAAUAAACAAAAAUUGGGAGAUGCAAGUAAUAGCAAAUGCUCUUGAUAUUGUACUAUAUAAUAUAAAUCUGAGAAUAUUUAACUUUCUGAAUUUGCUAAUUGUCCAAGGAUGUCAUAUGCCACAGCAGAAGGAUCUUGAAGUGUGUUCACUGACAUUCUUAGUAGUUCUGUAUUGUGAGACUGACCCAACAUCAGGAACACUAAGGGAAUAUACCACCAUAAAAUAAGAUGGAAUUGGAACACAGUAGUUUCCCCAUUCACUUCAAUGCAGUAAUCUAGAACCUGGUUGCUUGGCAGACUUAUCCAGCAUAGCCUUGAAGAAAAUGGAUACAUCUGUAAAAUACUGCUUUGAGGUUUGUUCAGAAAGAUUGCAGAUGUCUUUCCAUAUUCAGACUACUGUAGAGAGAUAGUAGUCAGCUGGUGAACAUACAAGUUCUGAACUUGGGUCCAAGUUACAAGUUUCCUUUUUCCUUUUUGCAAAAAACCUAUAGGAACAUAAAAUGGGAUUUGUAUGCAAAGAAAAUAACACUUUAAUGGUGAAUUGCAAUUAUGCUUUCAAAACUGAAAUGUGCAAAGGUGGGUGUAACUUAGAAUGGGUAAUGUCUAUAUUGUGACCCUGGUGAUCUAUAUUUUAGUUGACAGAAAUGUAAUUGAAAUCUUAAUACCUCUAUUAACUGUUAAAUACUAUGCAGCACGUCCUGCACAAUAUGUAUUUAGUGUUUUGUUUUCCAAACUACUUUGUUCUCUUCUUGUGACUAAGAUGGCAAAUGCAGCAAGGAGGAAAUUUGGGGGAUAAUGUCAACCCUUCAAGAGCCAAAGCUUUAUUUGGUUUGCAUGAAGAUGCUAAAAUGUAAUCCAAUCUUAAGGUAAAUUACUAUAAAUUAUUGAAUAUGACUCAUUUGUACAAUCAGAUGCUGUGUAAACUGUGUUUUAUGCAACGUGAAACGUGCUUUAAUUGUAACUUUGCCAAGCCUAUAUGUGGGAUACAAUAGAGUACGAAACAUGUUGUAAUUGCUCUACAGAUACAGCUUCUCUGAGAGGAGACUGUAUUCCACAUGUAAAAUAAAGCUUUAAAAUGAUG